AUGUUUGUAACAUUAUUAAAAUCAUGUAUAAGUAAACCACAACCAAUACGACUGUGUCUACUACAGAGAAUCAAAACUAUAGAACCAAACACUAUACUAUCUUUUAAAUUUACACCAAUUUUAUUGCAACAAAUUUCAUUUAAAUCCACCAAGGCUACCAAGGCUACCAGUCCAAAACUUUCAGAUGUUCAAUUAGACAACUCUGUUAAUUCACAUUUACAAUAUUCAAUACUAAAACGUAAAGAAUUCGAUUUAAGAGAAGAAGAAAAAGCCAAAGAGAAACAAAGAACAUUUAAACAAAAUUUCAAAACUAUUUCAAGAAUUAUAAAAUUAGGUAAACCAGAUUGGAAAUUAUUUCUUUUGGCUAUUGGAUUUAUAUUCCUUGCUGUUUUAUAUCCUAUGGUUGGUGUACGAUUAGUAGGAGCUAUUUUAGACUCAUUCAAUUCUGGGAAUAAAGAUGAUGACGGGAAUUUACUAGUUUGGGGAUUCACUUUUAAGACUUUAAUCUCAUUCAUGGUUCCAUUUAUGUUAGUCUCUGCUGUAUGCUUUUGGUCAAGAAAUUGGAUGUUGAAGUUAUUAGGGGAGAGAUUAGUUGCAAGGUUGAGGAACAAGAUAAUGAAGAGUCUAUUACGUCAUGAUUCGAAAUUUUACGAUAAUGAUAAAAAUAAAGUAGGUGAUUUGAUCAGUAGAUUAUCUUCAGAUGCUUUUAUAGUUAGUAGGUCAAUUACAAGUACCUUACCUGAUGGAUUAAAACAAUUAUUAUUUGGAGUUUUGAGUUGUUUUAUGAUGUAUUGUAUUAAUCCAAUUUUAUUUGGUACGUUUUUAUUAAUAUCACCUCCAAUAACUAUAGGGUCAGUAUUCUACGGAGAGAAGAUUAGAAAAUUAUCAACUAAUUUACAGAAUGCAACUGCUAAUUUAACUAAAGUUUCAGAGGAGACAUUGAAUUCAAUGAAGGUUGUAAAAUCAUUCACUGCUGAAAAGAAUGAAUUGAAUAAAUAUAGUCAAAAAUUGAGAGAUGUUGUAAAUAUAGCCAAAAAAGAAGCAUUUGCUCAAUCAAAUUAUAAUGUUUCCAUAUAUACUUUAUAUCAUUCUGGUUAUCUUGCUUGUAUUUCAAUUGGUACUUAUUUUAUGUUGAAUGGUAUAAUGACAGCUGGUGAUGUUAUAAGUUUUACAUUUUUUGCAGAAUGGUUUAACGGGGCAUUGUAUGUAUUAACUGUUAGUUAUUUGGAAUUGAUGAAAGGAGCAGGAGCAGCUGUUAAAUUAUUUGAUUUAAUUGAUUAUAAACCAACUGUUGAUCCAAUAUAUGGAGAAAAAAUAGAACCAAGUACAUUGAAUAACUCAGUUGAAUUUAAAGAUGUUACUUUUGCUUAUCCAACAAGAAAGAAAGAAUUAAUAUUUAAUGAAUGUUCAUUUAAAAUUCAAGGUGGAACAUCUACAUGUAUUGUUGCACCUAGUGGUGCCGGAAAAUCAACAGUUGCUUCCUUAUUAUUAAGAAAUUAUAAUAUUCAAAGUGGAGAGAUCCUAAUUGGUGAUAAAAAUAUAAAGAAUAUUCAAGUUAAAGAACUUCGUAAAAAAAUCAUUGGUAUUGUCCAACAAGAACCUAUAUUAUUAUCAGGAACAAUCCUCGAAAACAUUAUCUAUGGAUUAACCAAAAAGGAAAUUACUAAAUUAUCAAUGGAGGAUAUAUAUCAAGUUUGUAAACAGGCAAAUUGUCAUGAAUUUAUAAUGACUUUUCAUGAUCAAUAUAAUACCAUAAUUGGAAACAAAGGUGCUAGUUUAUCAGGUGGACAAAAACAAAGAAUAGCAAUCGCAAGGGCCCUAAUUAAAAAACCGAAGAUAUUGAUCCUUGAUGAGGCUACAUCUGCAUUAGAUUCCAAAUCGGAAAAUCUCAUAAAUGAAACACUAAAAUCAUUGACUACACAAGGUAGAAUCACAAUCAUAUCUAUCGCUCAUCGAUUAUCUACAAUUUCAAAAUCAGAAUAUAUUAUAGUAUUAGGCAAGAAUGGUAAAAUUAUUGAAUCUGGUAAAUUUAUUGAAUUAUUUAGUGAUUCAAAUUCUGAAUUGAGUAAAUUGUUAGAUGACAAAUCAAAUAAUACGGAAAAGGAUAAAGUUGAAGAAAAUGAAAAAGAAAUGGAAGAUAAAGAGGCAUUAAAGAUUGAAAAUUUACAAAAUUUAAAAAAUGAAAUUAAUAAAUUAUCUACAGAUGCCAAACUGGAAUUAAUUGAACAAAUUAAAAUUGAAAAUGAAAUCGAAAUCGAAAAUAAAAGUCAUAAGUUGUAA